AUGAAGAAGAAAUAUAAGACAAAAUUUCCAAUGGCCAGAAUUAAGAAGAUUAUGCAAAAGGAUGAAGAGGUCGGAAAAAUUGCAGCAGCUACACCAAUUUUAAUUUCACAAUGUUUAGAGUUAUUUAUGUCAGAUUUAGUAAACAAAACUUGUAAAAUUACACAAUCCAAAAAUGGUAAAGUUAUGUCUGUAAAUCACCUCAAAUUUUGUAUUAAGCAAGAAUCAACAUUUGACUUUUUAUCGGAAAUAGUAGAGAAAAUACCAGAUGAUAAGAAUGAAAAGAGAGGCCGACCAAAGUAUAUAUUUUUAAUUUUUUAUAAACCUUAUAAUUCUUGGUAUUAA